AUGUCAACACAACACAGCACAAAGGCAAGACACUACGCAGCCCUCGCUGCCCGUAUCCGUGAACUUCGCGGCAACCUCGACGAGACCGAGCAGCUCAUGGGCCACAUGUCCGACCACCUCCUCGGCAUGCGCAAGCUGGCCGCCGCGAAUGGUGCUCAGUUUAUGGCUGUCUCCCGCCUCCUCGAUGUGGAGCUCACCGAGGCCAAGGAGGCUGAGAUGGCGCGCCAAGCACAACAAGAGCAGUAG